GAGAUGGUUAUCAAUUUGAAGAUACGAUUCGAUGUGAUAUGGAAGAAUUCGACGAAGUCCAGGCAGUUGGAGGCCGAUCUAGUGGCAUUUCAGUAAGAGAUUCGUUUGUUCAAUAUUUCAAUGGCCCUGGAGCGGUUCCUUGGCAAAACAGGAUGAUACAUUAAAUUAAGAAAUAAAAUAAUAAGUAAACUUACCAGCUUUGUUUUUUUCUUCUGGGCCUAAAUCAGCCCAAUGAGCAACCACUUCCUGUCCUAUCUCCAUCCAUAACUUCGCUUUUAAAGCCUGAUUGGCGUAUUCCUUCGACUUCACUUCAUAUAAAGGAGGUCUUUCUUGUACUUCAAUAAUAAAACGCUCCGUGUCGAACAUUUUGACGCGCCACUAGCCACGCAAGCGCACACACGAUGAGCGAGCGAGAAGGUCCCGCGCAGAAUGACGCAAUAUCGGAUAACCGCCCGUGUAGUUUUAAACGGCGGUUAACAGCGGCGGUUUGACGCUGCAUGCGGCGGUCGAAUUUCUACCGCCUGCAAACCGCGGCGGGAAACCGCGCAGUGUAGUUUGUGGCAUACAAUGUCCAUAUAAAAUUGAGUCUAGUGCGGUUCAGAAGCGGGUUCCCGCGGCGGCAGAACCGCCCGUGUAGUAUAGUUCUAACGCUCGGAGAGUGCGCGACCCCGGCGCAGUUCGUGCGCGCGAGGCGUCCACACUAUGGGAAUUCUGUUACAUUACAUGAUACAUUGCAGCAAUGUGGACCUCAAAUUCUUGCAUUGCAUGUUGCAUUACAUGUUGCAUUGCACCAAUCUGUACCCACUUUAACAGGCGCUCUGUGUAAAGUAGUAAACUGUCUGCUUAAGUUUCAAUAUAUACAACUCUUUAGAAAGGCCACAUUUAAAUUAUUUAGUAAAAGUUUGGGGUAAUGCAGCGACGUCCGAAAGGUCUUCAAACCAAACAAAAUAAAGUUAUGAAAGUCUUAUUUCAUUAUAAAUACCUAACACCGACUAAAACAAUUUACUCUAUUGCCAGAACCCAAUAUGGAAAUAAUAAUCUGAUGUAUGAAGGAGCUAAAUUACAUACUGUUAAUAAAUUACCUAAGGCCAUGUUAAAUCUGACAAUGAUUAUAUAAAUAAGCUUAAGCUAUAUGUAAUAGAAAAUAUAAUUUGCGUUAUUUUUUUAUUUAGUUUACCAACUUUAAUAGCUUAAGAUAUUCAUUUGUAAAUAAGUAAUAAUAUAAGUGAAACUUUGUAAUUUCUUUAGACAAUAAAUUUCUUUAAACCUAAAUAAGCUUGGCUUUCAGGCAUUUCUCUCAAUCAAUUAAAAAGUUAACCACCUGUUACUAUAAAACAUUUUCUUUAAAGCAAUGCUUAAGACAAAGUUACUCAUAUAUCAAAUGGUGGACGGCAGCAGCGGCAAAUAAUGUGACCGCGGCGCCUUUUGUUGACAGCAUACUUUCAUUCCAGAGUGACCAGCACAACACUACUCUUUCUACUAAGCCCUUAGCAUCAAACAAUCCUAAUAUAACAAUAUUUGGUAGUCUCUACUGUCAAAGUUAUCAAUUUAAUAACGUUACCGUAACAACACUAUUGAAAACUUUACAAUCUAUUGAUAUGUUAGCAAAUAUUUUAUCAACCAUUUUUGAGAGCCCGAUAAGUGUACGUUACGAUCAUAAGCCUCUUUAAAAAUUUGUUUUGGAGUUUUAUCGAUUUAAAAUCUAUAUUCUAUCAUAAUAUAUAAUUAUAAAAGUAUUAAGUAAUAAUGGCGGAAUCAUAUCUAGCAUGGGAUUUAUCAGUGCUAGAACACAGGCGUGUUAUGGUUAUGCGGCGGCAAAUCGCAUGUAACCGGCGCGAAAGUGAAAAUCCUUUGGAUUUAGAGGAUAGUGAAUUCUUGUACCUUUACAGAGUUACAAAAGAUAUGUUUAGCGAGCUCGUAGGUGCACUUAGGCCAUCUCUUCAAAAACAACGGCCGUACGGACUUUCUGUAGAGUCCCAAGUGAGUGUCAUCAUGUAAAUGCCUAUAUACCUUUAAAAACUAACGCUUUUUCGUUUGUAUUAACUCUUAGUUUCAUUUUCUUCUAAAUAGCUACUGACGGCACUUCGAUUUUAUGCAAGUGGGUGCUAUCAGCUACCUAUUGGCUUACAGUGGGGUUGCAGCAUGAGCCAAAAAUCGGUUAGCCGAGUAGUACAUGCUGUAACCGAAGCUAUUAAUGAAAAAUUAUUGAGAAAAUAUAUAAAAUUCCCUAUGACCCCUGAAGGGCGGCGAGCUGCUAAAGCAAAAUUUAGGAAAGCCCCACAGCCAUUUCCGGAUGCGAUAGGAGCCAUAGACUGCACACACAUAAAAAUUCUAGCUCCAAAGUUGCAUGAAGAGGCAUAUGUGAGCGGUCACCAUGAGGGACAUUCAUUAAAUGUACAAGUUGUAAGUUUAAUCUUCAGUAGUUAUUGUUUACCUAUUUAUUUGCUAGUUAAGUUUCAGGAGCGGUGCUGAAGCUUUUUAAAACAACUAAAUAUGUCUCCAUGAAAUUUACACUACAAUAAUGUAUUAUUGUAACAUAAUAGCUAUAUAUUUCAGUGCAAAACUGAUUUCCUUAACUAAGUGAUAACAUUACUAUGAUGAGAAUUGUAAUUAUAAUAAAUCUUAUUCUAAAUCCAAGGGCUUUUAUAGGAUGGUUAAAACAAGUCUGUUGACUGAAAAUAUGACACCUUGGUUUAACCAGCAAUAACAAUUAAUUAUAGUGGAGUCAGUGUCUUCUGUAAUGUUAUACUUCAUAACAUGUUUUCAGUAAUCCAAUAUCAACAGCUUAAUCAGCACAGUUCACAGUCAAACAUGUUAUUGUAAAAUUAUGGCUACUAGCAAUUAUCAUGUUUAUGAGUAAUCUAAUAUCAAAAUCUAAGUGAGAACAAUUUGGGAUCAACAGGUUUUAAGGCUAUUUAUAGACUGCAUAACUUGCUUUGAAAACAUGAACAAAGUAUCUUCCCCUUAUUAUUGAUAGUAAAAAUAGUCUUAUUAGAUACAUUUUACUCAGCAGUUUAGGUGAAAAAGUUUAAAUUAUACUAAUUAGUCUUAAGGGCUUAAAUUGUAAUUUUAUUGCACCUAGUUGUUACACUCUGGAACAUCAUCAUCAUCAAUAAUAAAUAAAUCUAUUUACUUAUUUAUUAGCACAAAUAGGUACACCCCUAAUUAAAAGUAUAUUUUAAAUUAUUUUAGGUGUGUGACCCAGACCUGUUAAUUUUGAACAUCAAUGCUAAAUGGCCAGGAGCCAGACACGAUGCUCACAUAUGGGCAAAUUCACCUGUACGCUCAACCAUGAAGCGACAUUUUGACAAUAGGGAUCGCCGUACAUGGUUACUUGGUGAUGAUGGAUAUCCUCUGGAGCCAUGGUUGAUGACCCCAAUAAAAAAUCAACACCUUGGGACGCCGGAGCGUAGAUACACAGAUGCUCAUGGUUCAGCCAGAAACAUCAUAGAAAAGAUGCUUUGGUGUGCUAAAGUCUGUUUUUAGGUGUCUGUCUCAUCAACGCCAGUUAAUGUAUGAGCCAUACACUGCUGGCCUAAUAGUAAAUGCAUGUGCAGUACUACACAACAUGCGUAUUAAAUAUAGAUUGCUGGAACCAUAUGUCACCACAUCCACAGAAAUCAUUGUUGAUAGCUAUAAUGAUGAUGGCUUGGAAGAUACAGGUAAUAAUGUUGUUUAGGUAAUAUUAGAUUAGACUUUGUUGUCUUAAUCUAAUAUUACCUUGUCGUGAAGCGACAAUUAAAAAAAAAAUAGAACCUAACCUAAGUACAACAAAACAACAAAAGUAGAGCCAGAAAACAAUAUAUUUAAAUUUAUAAAAGGUAUUUACAAUUUUAUAAAAAAAUGAAAUGAGGAUGAUGAUGAAUGAAGUGAGAGUACAAUUAGAUUAU